AUGUCCUCUAGAACCUUCACUCUGAAUACGGGAGCCAAGAUGCCAGCUGUCGGCUUCGGCACGUUUGCCAAUGAAGGUGCCAAGGGCGAGACAUACGCAGCUGUUACGAAGGCUUUGGAUGUUGGAUAUCGACAUCUUGACUGUGCGUGGUUUUAUCACAACGAGGAUGAGGUCGGCAAUGCCAUUCAAGAUUUCCUCGCCCGCCGAUCCGACGUGACCCGUAAGGAUCUAUUCAUUUGCACCAAGGUUUGGAACCACUUACACGAGCCGGAUGAUGUAAAGUGGAGCGCCAAGAAUUCGUGCGAGAACCUCAAGCUUGACUACAUUGAUUUAUUCCUUGUUCAUUGGCCAAUUGCAGCGGAGAAAAACAGCGACAUGAGUGUAAAACUAGGGUCAGAUGGGAAAUACGUCAUCAACGAAACCCUGACAGAAGACCCUGAGCCGACUUGGCGAGCAAUGGAGGAGCUUGCUGAGAGUGGUAUCGUGAAGGCAAUUGGGGUUUCCAACUGGACUAUACCAGGAUUGAAGAAGCUUCUUCAAUUCGCCACUACCAAACCGGCAGUGAAUCAAAUUGAGAUUCACCCAUUCCUGCCCAAUGAAGAUCUCGUGGCAUUCUGCUUGCAGAACAACAUCUUGCCUGAAGCCUACUCGCCGCUGGGGUCUCAGAACCAGGUUCCAAGUACUGGUGAGCGGGUACGCGACAACCCAACACUCAACGCCGUUGCCGAAAGAAGUGGCUAUAGCCUUGCCCAGGUACUACUGGCUUGGGGCCUAAAGCGAGGUUAUGCCGUGCUUCCAAAAAGUUCGACUCCAAGCCGUAUCGAGAGCAAUUUUAUAAUCCCAGAGCUAAGCGACGCAGAUUUUGCAGCGAUUGAGCAAGUUGCCAAAGGGAGGCAUACCAGGUUUGUGAACAUGAAAGACACUUUUGGAUACAAUGUUUGGCCGGAAGAAAAAUAA